AUGCACCGGAGGGGAUGCGCCGAAGAAGUAGGAGUGCGAAAUGUACACAAAAUCUAUCUAUCUAUCUAUAUAUCUAUCUAUCUAUCUAUUGCAAUCUUUUCACAUCUGUCUGUUUGUCUAUCUAUUUAUCGAAAUAUCUUCAUAUCUAUCUAUUUAUCUAUCAAUCGCAAUCUCUUCAUAUAUCAAUCGUUAUCUCUUUAUAUCUAUAUAUCUACCUAUCGCAUUGUCUUCAUAUCUAUCUAUCUAUCCAUUUAUCUAUCACAGUCCGUUCAAUAUCCAUCUAUCGCAUCUAUACAUAUCUAUCUAUCUAUCUAUCUAUCUAUCUAUCUAUCUAUCUAUCUAUCUAUCCAUUCAAUGUCCAUCUAUCAAUGUUCAUCUCUAUCUCAUCUAUUCAUCUAUCUAUCUAUCUAUCUAUCUAUCUAUCUGUUGAUAUCUAUUUAUCUAUCUAUCUAUCUCUACCAUAGUCCCCUAUCAUCUAUAUUCAUCUAUCUAUCUAUCUAUCUAUCUCAGUCUGAUAUCCAUCCAUCUAUCUAUCUAUCAUCUCAGUCUAUUGACCUAUCUAUCUAUCUAUCUAUCUAUCCAUCUAUCUCACAGUCCGUUCUAUCUAUCUAUCUAUCUAUCUAUCUAUCACAGUCCAUUCAAUGUCCAUCUAUCUCAGUAGAUUCCCCUAUCUAUCUAUCUAUCUAUCUAUCUAUCUAUCUAUCUAUCUAUCUAUCUAUCUGUCUGUCUAUCUAUCUAUCUCAGUCUGUUGAUAUCUAUCCAUCUAUCUAUCUUAGUCGGUUCAUUUAUCUAUCUCAUUCUUUAUCUAUCUGUCAGUCUAUCUCAUCUGUUCUUAUCUAUCACAGUUUAUUUAUAUAUAUUUAUCUCUGUCUGUUCACCUCGGUUUGUUUCUCUCUCUCUCACUCUCUCUCUCUCUCUCUUUAUCUAUCUAUCUAUCUAUCUAUCUAUCUAUCUAUCUAUCUAUCUAUCUAUCUACGUCUUUCUUGUUUCAUUUGCUAUCCUUUUUCGCUCUUCCUCUGUCUGCCUCUAACUUUGCUAUCUGUCCCUGUCUCCAUCUAUCUAUCUAUCUAUCUAUCUAUCUAUCUAUCUAUCUAUCUAUCUAUCUAUCUAUCUAUCUCAUUUUGUUUGUAUGUAUGUAUCUAUCUACCUAUCUGUCUAUCUAAGUUUGUUUGUAUCUAUCUAUCUAUCUAUCUAUCUAUCUAUCUAUCUAUCUACCUACCUACCUAUCUAUUUAUCUAUCUAUCUAUCUAUCCAUAUCAGUUUGUCCGUAUCUAUCUAUCUAUUUAUCUAUCUAUCUAUCUAUAUCAUUUGUUCGUAUCUAUCUAUCUCAGUCUGUUCAUAUCUAUCUAUCUAUCUAUCUAUCUAUCUAUCUAUCUAUCUAUCUAUCUAUCUUUUCUAUUUUUCUAUUUAUCUAUUCAUAUCUAUCUCUCUUCAUAUCUAUCUAUCUAUCUAUCUAUCUAUCUCAUUUGUUUGUAUCUAUCUAUCUAUCUACCUACCUACCUAUCUAUCUAUCUAUCUAUCUAUCUAUCUAUCUAUCUAUCUAUCUAUCUAUCUAUAUCAGUUUGUCCGUAUCUAUCUAUCUAUCUAUCUAUCUAUCUAUCUAUCUAUCUAUCUAUCUCUAUCAGUUUGUUCGUAUGUAUGUAUGUAUCUAUCUAUCUAUCGGUCUCUCUUAUGUUCGUAUCUAUGUAUCUAUCCCAGUCGGUUCAUAUCUAUCUUUCUAUCUGUUUAUGUUUCGUAUCUGUUUAUCUAUGUAUCUAUCUAUCUAUCUUAGUCUAUCUUUAUCUAUGUAUCUAUCUAUCUAUCUUGUCUAUCUUUAUCAUUUUGUUCCUAUCUAUCUAUCUUUAUAUCUAUCUAUCUUUAUAUCUAUCUAUCUUUAUAUCUAUCUAUAUCAGUUUGUUAGUAUGCAUAUAUGUAUCCCACUCGGUUCAUAUCUAUCUAUUUCAAUUUGUUCGUAUCUAUCUAUCUAUCUCAAUCUGUUUCUAUCUAUCUAUCUAUCUAUCUAUCUAUCUAUCUAUCUAUCUAUCUAUCUAUCGUAUCUAUCCACAUCUCUCUCUCUCUCACUCUCUCUCUCGCUCUCUCUCUCUAUCUAUUUAUCUAUCUAUCUAUCUUAAUCUGCUCAUACAUAUCUAUAUCAGUUUGUUCGUAUCUAUCUAUCUACCUAUCUAUCUAUCUAUCUAUCGUAGUUCAUAUCGAUCUAUCCCAUUUUGUUCCUAUCUAUCUAUCUAUCUCAGCCAGUCCACAUCUCUCUCUCUCUCUCUCUCUCUCUCUCUCUGUCUUAUUCUUUCUAUCUCUCUAUCUAAGCAACAUGGACUAAGAGGUUCUUUCCUUCUAUUUACUUGCCCAAUUUUGUUUCUCUUUUAUAUCGCAUCCAUUGCUGGGAAUUCAUCUUUCCUUCCUCUAUUCCUUUAUUCUUCUAUUCCUUCCUUCAUUCAUUCAUUCUUACCUUCUUCUAUUCCUUUAUUCUUCUAUUCCUUCCUUCAUUCAUUCUUACCUUCCUCUAUUCCUUUAUUCUUCUAUUCCUUCCUUCCUUCCUUCAUUCAUUCAUUCUUACCUUCCUCUAUUCCUUUAUUCUUCUAUUCCUUCCUUCCUUCAUUCAUUCAUUCUUACCUUCCUCUAUUCCUUUAUUCUUCUAUUCCUUCCUUCAUUCAUUCAUUCUUCCCUUCCUCUAUUCCUUUAUUCUUCUAUUCCUUCCUUCAUUCAUUCUUACUUUCCUUUAUUCCCUUAUUCUUCUAUUCCUUCUAUCCUUCAUUCAUUCAUUCUUACCUUCCUCUAUUCCUUUAUUCUUCUUCCUUCCUUCCUUCCUUCCUUCAUUCAUUCAUUCUUAUUCCUUCCUUCUAUUCCUUUAUUCUUCUAUUCCUUCCUUCCUUCAUUCAUUCAUUCUUACCUUCUUUAUUCCUUUAUUCUUCUAUUCCUUCCUUCAUUCAUUCAUUCUUCCUUCCUCUAUUCCUUUAUUCUUCUAUUCCUUCCUUCAUUCAUUCUUACUUUCCUUUAUUCCUUUAUUCUUCUAUUUCCUUCUAUCCUUCAUUCAUUCAUUCUUACCUUCCUCUAUUCCUUUAUUCUUCUAUUCCUUCAUUCAUUCAUUCUUCCCUUCCUCUAUUCCUUUAUUCUUCUAUUCCUUCCUUCAUUCAUUCAUUCAUUCUUACCUUCCUUUAUUCCUUUAUUCUUUUAUUCCUUCAUUCAUUCUUACCUUCUAUUCCUUUAUUCUUCUAUUCCUUCCUUCAUUCUUUCAGAUAG